AUGAGACGAUUACUAGCAACGAUCGGCAACGUGUUGGUGCUGGUGGUGUUCUACAAGCACAAGAAGUUGAGGAAGAAUCCUCACAAUCAGCUGCUUCUGAACCUUGUGAUCUCCGACUUGGGCAUCUCUCUGUUUGGCUACCCACUAACAACCUCGUCUAAUUAUGCCGGCAGAUACCUGUACGGGAAGGUGGGAUGUGUCAUUCAAGGCUUCAUGACUUUCACCCUGGCACAGACCGAUAUGAACACCCUGGCGUGUUUGAGUAUCUACCGUUUCAUUUCAGUAUGCAUGCCGGGGGAUGUUCACCGCCUUACCCGUUCCGUGACGAUCAAAGUGAUAAUAUUCCUGUGGCUGUACUCCCUGUUAUGGACCGUUCCGCCGCUUCUGGGGUGGAGCGCCUACACUUACGAACCCUUCGGUACCUCCUGCAGCAUCGACUGGGAUGACAAGGAAUCCGGAGCCGUCGCCUACACGUGGUGCCUUAUAAUUUACUGCUACAUCGUCCACAUCCUCAUCAUCGCUUACUGCUACUACAAGAUCGCAAUGAAGGCCAGGGAUGUCCACUCCAGGCUCAAACAUUUUACCAUUGGGGGAAUAUGCAACUCCGAUUCCAUGUGCCUGCGACGUGUUCACAUGGAGAGGAAAUCAAGCCUUAGGAUCAUUUUCCACGGCUCCCGCCUGCUGCCGGCGACCAAACAGGCCAUGAUAUCAGCUGCCCACUGA